CGUUCCAGAAACGUCAAUGAUAGAAGACCGCACGACCACACUCUGUCCCACACUUCCAAUCGCUGUCACUUAUUUCAUCAUACGUGUGUGCGUACCAGGCCUGCAACUAUGGAGCAUCUUACCUCCCUUGGACUGAACGAGCAGAAGAUUAAGGAAACGCUUAAAAAUGCAACGCUUACCGCCACGAUUUCACGUGCCUUCUCGUAUCUUCCGCCGGGUGUCGAGCUGAGCUCCGCACAAAAGCCAUUAAUAUUCCAGGCUUGCUCGAAGUUAAAACCGCAGAGUGCUCAAUUUUUGGAGCUGAUUGUUAGGAAAAUCUUGGAUAACAGUCUGGACACGAGUUUGCGGGUGGACACGGCCCUCGAAUAUGUGCUUGCGAACGUCACGAAAGCCACGUUCAACGAGGCCGAUUUCGAUGCUGCGUGUGGUGUCGGCGUAGUGGUAACUCCGGAAGAAAUCGAAAAAGCAGUCGAGACAACUAUUGCAAAAUAUCGGGACGACAUUGUUGAACAGCGGUAUCGGUUCAAUGUCGGCAAAUUGCUCGUCGAACUACGAGCCGCUUUGCCGUGGGUCGACGGAAAAGCGCUGAAGAGUGAAGUUGACGUUCAGAUAUUCGAUCUUCUUGGCCCGAAAACGGUGGCAGAUGAAGAAAAGGUAGCAAAGAAACGACGUGAUCCACCGGCCGCGAGUGCUCCACAGAAGGAAGGUUCUGCGGCCGAGCCAGCAAUAAUUGGCAGUAACCGAACGGAAGGUCCUCGAACGAUGGUCGAUCUGAUGCGUAACGUAGACUUCCAUCGGCCGGGAGAGAAUUUCAAGACGGAUGGAUACGUUGUUACUCCCCAAACUGAGCGUUUGUUGAAAGAGCAUCUGCAGCGUACUGGCGGAAAAGUGCGCACACGCUUCCCACCGGAGCCCAACGGAAUUCUCCACAUCGGUCACGCCAAAGCAAUCAACAUCAACUUUGCGUACGCAACAGCAAACGAAGGAGUGUGUUUUCUUCGCUAUGACGACACUAAUCCGGAAAAGGAGGAGGAAAAGUUUGUGAAGGGCAUUCGGGACAUUGUCGAAUGGCUCGGCUACAAACCGUUCAAAGUGACCUACUCAUCCGACUACUUCCAGGAACUGUACGACUUUGCCGUACAGCUGAUAAAGCAAGAUAUGGCCUACGUGUGCCAUCAUACGGCGGAGCAAAUGAAGGGCUUUACCACGGAACCGUCGAAAUGGCGCAACCGUCCGAUUGCAGAAAGCCUCCAGCUUUUCGAAGACAUGAAGAAUGGAAAGAUAGACGAGGGCGCCGCGACACUACGCAUGAAGAUUACGCUGGAAGAGGGUAAAAUUGAUCCGGUAGCUUACAGGAUUAAAUUUGUCCCCCACCACCGAACCGGUACGAAAUGGUGCAUCUAUCCGACGUACGACUACACGCACUGUUUGUGCGAUAGUCUGGAAGACAUAACGCACUCCCUCUGCACGAAGGAGUUUCAAUCGCGACGCUCCUCCUAUUACUGGCUCUGCAACGCGCUCAACAUAUACUGCCCCGUACAGUGGGAAUAUGCGCGGCUCAACGUGAACUACACGGUCGUUUCCAAGCGCAAAAUUAACAAGCUCAUCACUGAGAACAUUGUCAACGAUUGGGAUGAUCCGAGAUUGUUCACACUUUCGGCUCUGCGGCGCAAGGGAUAUCCGGCCGAGGCGAUAAAUAAUUUCUGCGCUCAAAUGGGUCUGACCGGGGCUCAAACGUCCAUCGAUCCUGCUGCCCUCGAAGCGUCCGCCAGAGAUGUGUUGAAUGUAACAGCGCCACGCACAAUGGCCGUACUGGAGCCGCUGAAGAUUACGAUACUCAAUUAUCCGCAUGAGGGGCCAGUCCAGGUUUCGGUGGCCGAUUUUCCAAACAUGCCCGAAAAAGGGACGCACAUGGUUUGGUUCGACCGCGUGGUUUACAUUGAGCGUUCCGACUUCAUGGCAAAUGCCGAUAAAUCCUUCCGUCGCUUAACACCGGGACAGCCGGUUGGGCUGAAAUACAUUGGUUCCAUGCUGCGGGUGGAGAGCGUCGUGCGCAACUCGAGCUCGGUCGACGAGCUAGUGUGUCGGAUCGAACCGUGUACGGCAACGGAAAAGCCGAAGGCCUACAUACACUGGGUAAGCAAACCGGUGCCGGUGGAGGUACGUUUGUACGAGAGACUGUUCAUACACAAAAACCCGGAGGACAGCAAUGAUGUGCCGGGUGGAUUUUUGAGUGAUUGUGCCACGGACACGAUCCGCACGGUGUGUGGAUACGUCGAUGCCCACGUGAGCAGCAGUAAAGUGUACGACAAGUACCAGUUUGAACGCAUUGGCUAUUUCUCCGUUGAUCCGGACAGUAGAAACGAUCAACUAGUUUUCAAUCGUACCGUCACGCUAAAAGAGGAUACGGGCAAAACGAACUAGUUAGUUUGGCGGAUUCAUUCGGUGUGCUGUUGUUAUUCUUUUUACACUGUCACGAUAAGCCAGAAUACAUUUGCCAUGCGAUGUUUAUAGAAUAUGUCACGUUAAUUUAUGAAUAAACUGCAUGGUUUUCAUUAAUGAUGGGCAACCUAUAUGUUAUUUGUGAUGGCUUUUGUGGAAUUUCUUCGAGAGUCGUAAGGAGGUGUUAAGGUCGAGCCGAUUUUGUCCACUGAGCCUGCUUCUUGUAUUCUCCUUUGUUAUUAUUAUUAUUAUUAUAAUUUAUUUCAACGGACCGCAUGAGGCCCUCUUGAAGCGGGAUUAAACAUAAAAUUACAAAAUGCACAUUACAUGAAUCAACGCGCGGACAAAAUAAAUUAACGAAGAGUG